AUAAAGAGGGUGAACGUGUAUAUAAAGAUUAUAUACAACGCAUAUAUUAUAAGGGUUUUAUUUUUUGCACGUUGUAAACUAAUAAUAUAGUGCCGUAGCACCGUGCAGUGAGCGGUGUAUUAAUGCGCCCUCGUCGGGUCCGUGUAGUUCCUUUUACGUUUGCAAUUGAUGCUCCAUAAUUGUCGCCGAUGAGAGGCGUUUGAUGUUAUUAUAAUAAUAAUAUUAUUGUUUGUUUGGCCCCGAUCUGCUCCAUAAUAUAAGCGCUUCUUGCAGCUUCUGAAGAGAAUUAUCCAUAGGUUUGGCACGUAUUGUGAGGUCGACCAUGGAGGAACAGACCACGUCACCUGGUGCCAACACAGACAACAGCAGCCAGAGGAACGGGGAGGAGAAACCGCGGCGCUCCAGCUGGUCCAAGGGCCGAAAGCGGAAGAAGCCGGUGAAGGACAGCAACGCGCCCAAAGCGCCCCUAACAGGCUACGUACGCUUCAUGAACGACCGCCGCGAGCAGCUGCGGGCCGAGCGGCCUGACGUGCCCUUCCCAGAGAUCACCCGCAUGCUGGGCAACGAGUGGAGCAAGCUGCCCCCCGACGAGAAGCAGCGCUACCUGGAGGAGGCGGAGCGGGACAAGGAGCGCUAUAUGCGGGAGCUGGAGGAGUACCAGAAGACAGAGGCGUACAAGCGUUUCACCAGGAAGGUGCAGGAGAAGCAGAAGGGCAAAGGUCACUGCGGAGACUCUUCUCGGUCCGCUGGCAGCAAGUCCCUGCACGAGGACUCCGAAGGGAAGGAGAGAUCCGUGUUUGACAUCCCCAUCUUCACAGAGGAGUUCCUGAACCACAGCAAAGCCCGUGAGGCGGAAAUGCGGCAGCUGAGGAAGACCAAUAUGGAGUAUGAGGAGCGCAACGCCGCACUGCAGAAGCACGUGGAGAGCAUGCGGGGCGCCGUGGAGCGUCUGGAGGGCGAUGUCAUGCAGGAGCGCAGCCGCAACGGGCUCCUACAGCAGCACCUGGAGAAUCUGCGGCAGGCGCUCACCUCCAGCUUCUUGAACCUGCCCCUGCCAGGCAGCGGGGAGACCCCAACCCUGGACACCAUCGACUCCUACAUGAAGAAGCUGCACGGCAUCAUCCUGGCCGACCCGCAGCAGCACGAGGGGCUGAUCGGCGCGGUCAGGGAGGUGGUCAACCAUCUGGAGCGGUAGAACCAGAGAGCUUGAGAGGCAGCCGUCGCUAUCGGAAAGCUGAGGACAUCUGAGAUCCAGCGACGAGUCUCUUCACAUUAACGCAGCGCCAGAGUUUUUUUAAAUCUCCUAACCCUCCCAGCAAGUACAAGGCAGCAGGCAGUUUUUUAGAAUUAUUUAUCAUUUUCUGUGCUCAUUUUUCCGCUGUGUUCAGAAAUGACCCUGUCAGAAAUGACCCCCCCCCCCCCCCCCCCCAAAAAAAAGCGGUGUCUGUCUUUGACAUUGCCAGUGGUCUGUGCCGUAAACUUCAGACUUCAGAAUUCUGAAGGUGAGACUUCACUUUCAGUCAAUUAUGCAUUAUUAGAUUGCCAUGAUGUUUUUUAUGACCUAUUUUAGGCUUUUUUUUUAGUAAGUGUUCAUUUAGAGUGUAGCAGUCAUCCAAAGUACAAUGAACCUCUGAGUGUUCAUAUCUAAGCGAGACUUACCUGAAUAUUGGCGUACCAGUCUCUGACACCUUUGAACUUUAUAAGUACUUAAAUGUUGUGUUCAAUAAAAUUCUUUUACAGUA